AUGCACCCCAAGUACAAAAAGCAUGUCAAGUCGGCGAAGGCCAUAGGCAAAUCCAAAGCAGUGGACGACGAAAUUUCUGAGCUGGAAAGAAAGAAGCGCGUGUUCCCUGGUCUUGCUAUGCAGGACAAGGAGGUUGAACCUGCUGUACCCGAUGAUGUCUUCCUCCAAGAGCUCGGAGACUUGGUUGCUGGCAAGAAAACACGACCUGGUCCCCACGCUGACGAACCGCCACCAAAACGUCAACGACGUGACCGCUCAUAUUCUCCUCGCCGGCGUGGUCCCAGUCCCCCUAGAGGACGAGAGGAUAGAUAUGGUUACAGAAAUGGAGGUGGGAGGCGUCAGUUGGACGAGCGGCCUGUGCUCUUCAAGAUUUAUAAUGGAAAGGUCACGGGCAUUAAAGAAUUCGGGGCCUUCGUCACACUCGAAGGAGUUGUGGGGCGGGUAGAAGGGCUGGUUCACGUAUCCAAUAUCCAAGCUGGCGCGAGAGCGAACUCCGCAUCCGACUUGCUUAGCAGGGGGAAAGAGGUCAAGGUCAAGGUUAUGAGUGUGGCGGCGUCGAGAGUUGGGUUGUCUAUGAAGGAUGUAGACCAGGUAACUGGCGAAGACCUUACUCCUCAUCUGCGCAUCAAGUCUGAAGCAGAAAUGGAAGAAGAACGUAUGCAGACUGCUGCUCGCGCGUUGACAGGCGCCAAUUCUAUGCCUUUACGGUCUCGGGACGACCCUGCACCAGUACGGUCAGCCAAACGUCUGUCAUCUCCGGAGAGAUGGGAGAUCAAGCAACUCAUCUCCUCUGGCAAAAUGGACCCGUCCGAAUACCGCGAACUCGAUGAAGAUUUCAACAACCCCAUGGCGCGCGCAGAAAUAGAAGAGGAAUUGGACGUCGAAAUACGAGAAGACGAGCCGCCGUUUCUCGCUGGCCAAACGAAGAGGACUCUCGACCUUAGUCCUGUCAAGGUCGUUAAAGCUCCAGAUGGUUCUCUGAACCGAGCUGCUCUUGCUGGCGCCUCUCUCGCAAAAGAGCGACGUGAGUUGCGACAACAAGAGGCAAAUGAAGAAGCCGACUCUCAAGCUCGAGACUUCAGCCAGCCGUGGCUUGAUCCUAUGUCAAAGGACACUGAUAAAAUGUUCGCCCAGGAUUUGCGAGGAAACAUGCAAAAGACUGGAGAAGUGCCGUUGUGGAAGCAAUCAAGCUUCAAUAAAGCAACGACAUACGGUGAAAUUACGAGCCUCAGUAUACAAGAACAGAGGCGGAGCCUGCCUAUUUUCAAACUUCGGGACCCUCUUUUGAAGGCCAUUGCAGAGCACCAAGUCCUCAUCGUCGUCGGUGAUACUGGUUCCGGCAAAACGACUCAGAUGGUGCAGUACCUCGCAGAGUCUGGUUAUGCCGACAGAGGUCGCAUUGGGUGCACGCAGCCUCGUCGUGUAGCCGCCAUGUCCGUCGCAAAGCGUGUGUCUGAGGAAGUCGGUUGUCGUUUGGGACAGGAGGUUGGAUAUACGAUCCGUUUCGAGGAUUGUACAAGUCCAGAAACACGGAUCAAGUACAUGACGGACGGUAUGCUUCAGCGUGAAUGUUUGAUCGACCCUCUGUGCAGUUCGUAUUCGGUGGUCAUGUUGGACGAGGCCCACGAACGCACAAUUGCUACAGACGUCUUGUUCGGUCUGCUGAAAAAGGCCGUCAAACGUCGACCAGAUCUCAAGCUCAUUGUCACAUCUGCAACACUGGACGCCGAGAAGUUCUCCAAGUACUUCUUCGGCUGUCCUAUCUUCACGAUUCCCGGACGGACGUAUCCUGUGGAAAUAUUGUAUACGAAAGAACCGGAAUCGGACUACCUCGAUGCUUCCCUCAUCACCGUCAUGCAAAUUCACUUGUCAGAGCCCCCGGGCGACGUCCUCCUAUUCCUCACUGGUCAAGAAGAAAUUGACACCGCUUGCGAAAUCCUCUUCGAGCGUAUGAAGGCCCUUGGACCCAAAGUUCCCGAACUUAUCAUCCUGCCCAUCUACUCCGCUCUUCCAUCCGAAGUACAAUCUCGCGUGUUCGAACCCACACCACCAGGCGCUCGCAAAGUCGUCAUCGCCACCAACGUCGCCGAGACGAGUCUGACGAUUCCAGGUAUCUACUACGUCAUCGAUCCCGGGUUCUCGAAGCAGAACGCGUACGAUCCGCGGUUGGGUAUGGACUCACUCGUGGUCAUGCCGAUCUCGCAGGCGCAAGCCCGCCAGAGGUCGGGUCGUGCCGGACGCACGGGUCCAGGGAAGUGCUACAGGUUGUACACUGAGGCAGCGUACCGCAAUGAGAUGCUGCCGAACUCCAUUCCAGACAUUCAGCGCACGAACUUGGCGGCGACGAUCCUGCAGUUGAAGGCGAUGGGCAUCAACGACUUGCUAAGUUUCGAUUUCAUGGACCCGCCUCCAGCACAGACGAUGUUGACUGCGCUGGAGUCGCUCUAUGCGCUGUCCGCGUUGGAUGACGAAGGGUUGUUGACGAGGCUGGGCAGGAAGAUGGCAGAUUUCCCUAUGGAGCCACCUCUUGCGAAGAUGCUGAUCGCCUCGGUCGAGCUAGGGUGUUCCGAGGAGAUUUUGUCCAUUGUCGCGAUGUUGUCAGUACAAACGGUCUUUUACCGACCCAAGGAGAAGCAAGGACAGGCCGACUCGAAGAAGGCCAAGUUCCACCAACCUGAAGGAGAUCAUUUAACGCUGUUGACUGUUUAUAAUGGAUGGAAGGCGGCAAAUUUCUCAAAUCCUUGGUGUUAUGAGAAUUUUAUACAAGCGAGGAGUAUGCGUAGAGCUCAGGAUGUGAGGAAACAGUUGUUGGGUAUCAUGGAUCGGUAUAAGCACGACAUCUUGUCGGCAGGUCGAGACUACAACGUCGUUCGAAAAGCCAUCUGCUCAGGUUUCUUCCGAAACGCUGCCAAGAAGGAUCCUCAGGAGGGAUACAAGACUUUAGUAGAAGGCACACCCGUCUACAUUCACCCAUCUUCGGCACUGUUCAACCGCAACCCUGAAUGGCUCGUAUACCACGAAUUGGUCUUGACAACGCGCGAAUACUGCCACAACGUCACGGCGGUUGAGCCUAAGUGGCUCGUGGAAGUCGCGCCUCAAUUCUUCAAGGUCGCGGAUGCCAACAAGAUCAGUAAACGGAAGAAGCAGGAGAAGAUCGAGCCUUUGUUUAAUAAGUACGAGAAACCCGACGAGUGGCGAUUGUCAAAGAUCAAGAGAAGUGCACGUUCCAGUCAAACAUUUGGUUGA